AUGUCACGCACCUGCCGUGGCUGCUCUGGCAGUAUAGUAAAUGACAGUGUUAGCUGUCCUGGAUGUGCAUCGACUUAUCACCCAAGCUGCGCAAAGUCAACAAGCGUUUUAUCGAAUGGUGCGUUCCAGAGGUGUUGUGGCGUAAAAAAAUCGUUUUCUUAUGAAGACCUGAGAAAGCUUAUAUGUGAUGAGAGCAAGUCAACCAAGAAUGAAAUUACUGCGGGAAUCCUGAAAGUCCAAGAAAGUGUAGAUGCGUUAAGUCAGUCUGUCAAUGAAAGAAUUAAUAUAAUAGAAGAAGGGCAACAUAAGCUAGGCAAAAAGGUUGUAACACUUGAAGGAAACAUCAAGGCUAACACGGACAAGAUUAAGGCCCUGGAAGAGCAUCCACCAGGUGAUGAAUCUAUCCUUGAUGAAGUCGAAGAUAGAUUAGCUAGACGCAACAAUGUGCUGCUCUUUAAUCUUCCUGAACCCAUACAGUCCGAUUUAGAGGCCAGAUCGGAAGCAGACGCAUCUCUAAUUACAAAAAUCUGUAACACACUUAGCAUUGAUUCAUCUUCCUCAUCGCUGACGUCACAAUAUAGAGUCGAACUUCAUACCAAAGAAGAAGACCAGCCAACUUCCCCCAGAUCUGGGUCUGAACGACGUAGUGAUGACAUACGAUCGUACUCAACGUCAACGCCUGCAGCACAAGAGUACCCGGGAGGAGUAUCAGCGUCGAGUCACGGACGGAGAAGCCAAUCUACGACUAGUGACAAGGCAUGGCAGGACAGCAAUUAUCAACAUACCAUCGCCUCGUCAAAAUCGAACGCAGAGCGCCGCUCAAUCUUAAAUACUACAUAUAAGCAGAGCUACAUUUACUAACAGAACGUUAGAGGAUUUAAAUCAAAGCUACGUAAUGUAUUAUAUAACACUUCAAUUAUUGAUUAUGAUAUCUAUAUUUUCACCGAAACUUGGCUCAAU